UCGUCUGCUACUGAACAUCAAGUGCGCAUGUCUGUUCAGCAUUGUGUGGCAGGAUAUCCGGUUAGGUAUAUUCAUCUACUUGACUUACUAUAACAGAGCAUUUGUUGAAGAUUCACGAAAUGCCCAUAACAUCACUGACCGCCCCCGGAGUGAAGUGAGUGAAAAUACCUGCAACACCUUUCGUCAAGCCCCCGUUCACCAUAAUAAUUGCUCCACCACUGUCACAAUAUUCAGUUUCAAAACUGUUACAGAUAAGUCAAAUACUUACACUGGUUCAGGACCAACAGCCCAGCAGUCAUCAUGUCUGCGUCAGCUGUUUACAUCCUUGAUGUCAAGGGAAAAGUGCUAAUCAGUCGCAAUUACAGAGGUGACAUUGACAUGUCAGUCAUCGACAAGUUCAUGCCCCUGGUGAUGGAGAAGGAAGAUGAAAGCAACGUGACACCUGUGAUACAGCAUGGUCCAAUUGCCUACAUCUACAUCAAGUAUAACAAUCUCUAUUUAGUGGCUACAAGCAAAAAGAAUGCAAAUAUAGCCUUGGUGUUUUCAUUCCUUCACAAGUUAGUUCAGAUCUUUGUAGAAUACUUCAAGGAGCUGGAGGAGGAGAGCAUCAGGGAUAAUUUUGUCAUCAUCUAUGAGCUUCUGGAUGAAGUUAUGGAUUUUGGCUACCCACAGACCACUGACAGCAAGAUUCUGCAAGAAUACAUCACUCAAGAAGGUCAAAAAUUGGAGAUAGCACCACGACCUCCUAUGGCAGUGACUAAUGCUGUAUCUUGGCGGUCUGAAGGCGUCAAGUAUCGCAAGAAUGAAGUUUUCCUGGAUGUCAUCGAGUCAGUCAACUUACUGGUUAGUGCCAAUGGCAAUGUGUUACGGAGUGAAAUUGUUGGCUGCGUCAAGAUGCGGGUAUUUCUGUCUGGCAUGCCAGAGCUUCGGCUGGGACUCAACGACAAAGUUCUCUUUGAGAGCACUGGAAGAGGAAAGAGCAAGUCUGUGGAGCUGGAAGAUGUGAAGUUUCACCAGUGUGUACGUUUGUCACGUUUUGAAAAUGACCGAACCAUCUCUUUCAUUCCUCCUGAUGGAGAGUUUGAACUGAUGUCAUAUCGCCUUAACACUCAUGUGAAGCCUCUAAUUUGGGUGGAGUCUGUGAUUGAGCGUCAUGCGCACAGCCGUGUUGAAUACAUGAUUAAGGCCAAGAGUCAAUUCAAACGACGGUCAACGGCAAAUAAUGUUGAGAUCAUCAUCCCUGUGCCAACGGACGCUGACUCACCCAAGUUCAAGACAACAGUGGGCAGCUGUAAAUACUCCCCAGAAAUCAACAGUGUCAUCUGGAGCAUCAAGUCGUUCCCUGGUGGAAAGGAAUACCUCAUGCGUGCCCACUUCGGGCUCCCAAGCGUGGAAAAUGAGGAGACGGAAGGCCGGCCUCCAAUCAGCAUCAAGUUUGAGAUUCCCUAUUUCACAGUCUCUGGAAUUCAGGUGCGCUACCUGAAGAUCAUAGAAAAGAGUGGGUACCAGGCCCUACCCUGGGUGCGAUAUAUCACGCAGAAUGGCGACUACCAGUUGCGCACCAACUAGAUUUGUAAUUAUGUUCUGCUUAUUGGCAUUAUUUUCCAAGUCUGGAGAUAUUUUUGCUAUUCUUUCUCUACAUCCUCUUUUGAUCUCCAUUUAGAAUUAUUUACUGGCAUUGUCAGGUGGGCUAUUAAGAAAAAAAAUUAGUGUGAUAAGGAAAUAUAAGAGUAGCACAUUCAUACAGCCAGGCUUCUCUGAUUUAACAGUAAUUUUCUUGAAGCCUUGAAAUUGUUUUAAGUCAGAGUACUUUAUCUUGUGAACUCAGAGAAAGGCAUUUCUUCAUCGGUAUACCUUUCACCUGCCUUGUGACAUGAGGGCUUUAUCAUCCCCCAUUUGUGGAAAGUGUUGCUGUGUUAGGGCACCUAACACAAAGGGUUAUGACAGUCAACAGUCUCUCAGUUUUGCAGGGAGAUUUGGGCCAGCAGUAUCUGAUUUAGUGCAAGAUCGGAGCCAAGCCACUUUUUAAAAAAAAAUGGCAAAGGGAUUCUGUUGAGCUCAGUUUACCACUGGCUCGUAACUGUAGGUGGGAAGCACAUGUGUGUGUACAUGUAGCUUUGUGAUGUGGGACACACAUUUCUUUAGUUUGUGCAGAUAUCGGAAGUGUUCUAGACUGUCUUGAUGUUCUUUAAGGUACAGGUUCACGACCAACACAUAAUACUAGUUUCCUACAGCUUCUUACUAUAUAGAACAAAGGUUUGUUUUGGAGGAACGGACAGAGGAUGGAUGGUUUUUGCCCUCACACGCUCUAAAAGGAAGCUGUUAGGAAAGGUAAAUUCCAUUUCUGCGACCAUGUGUAGAGUCUGUUUAAGUGUUGUGUCUGCUCAGCUGUGGGUGUGUGUAGGGUAGAUAGGAACAGACAUUGGUCACUACCCCUUUAUCUCAUGACUUUUGUUUCUUCGGGAAAUGUUUGUUCCAUUAAGCAUUUUAUUCUUUCUUGAGUUCCAUAUGUUUAUGCAUUUGAUAUCAACUACUGACAGUGCAAUUCACUCGGUGAAAUAUUGUUAAAUGUUCAAGAAUACAAUGGAUUUUGGGGUGAAUAUACAGAUGAGAAUUAACUUUAGUUGGGAAAUUUGACUAAAUAUUUAGAAUUGAAAUUCAUAUUAAGUUUCAAACAACCGCAAAAAUACCUGACCAGAGUGUUAUUCCCAAGUUUAUCCUAAUUUUACAUAUAGCCCUUAUGGUCGGUGGUAUGUACAGGGAUAUAAGGCAAAGUAUGUACAAAAAUAAAAUAGCACUUUGUGGUGGUUUGUCCAGCAGUAUGCUAUUUUUUUCCUGGUUUUAACUGCAUGAUAUGUAUCAUUUCAAAAUACAUACAAGGCUUGUUAUAGGAAGAUGUCAUGCCUUGUAAGAGAUGUCAUCAACAUUCCUUUUGCUGCGAGAUAAAUAUUGACUUUUUGGUU